GAGGAGAAGAAUAUCUCACAUUUGGAGGCUGUUCUGUGAAUUCUGGAGGAAACAUGGAUCCUAAAUCUGGAAUAUUUAGUGUUCCUGUUACAGGCUGUUACCUGUUUUGUCUUCAUGUCUGCACAUAUGAUAUGAAGAAAGCUCUUUUGUCCAUCAGACGGAAUGGCGUUGAGAUCGCUACACUGUUUGAUCAGAAUCACGUGGAUAAUCAUAAGAACAGUAUGGCCGGUCAAUCAAUCUUAGCUGAGCUAGAGGAGGGGGAUCGAAUACAGGUGUAUAUGUACACAUUUACUGGUUUGCAUGAUAAAGCUGGAAACCAUAUGACCCAAUGGUUGGGCUUACUGGUCAAACCUCUCAGCUCUCUACCUGAGUCCUCUAAGCUAGUUGAUAAACCCAGGAAAAGGGUUAUCAUGUCACUCGAAUAAAACUAAACAAGUGAAAAGUACGUCAUCUGAUUUCAAUCUUUUUGUUAUAAACGUUUUUUACUUUGUAAAUUUUUGGAAUUUUGGAAGGUUCAUGUGAACUAUGCAACGAGGUUAUAGUGUAUAGAGUGCUGAUGUACGCUAAUCCGUUACUAAUUUAGAGACCAUAAACUAUACCGAGA